GUAAUAUAUACAACACCAGAGUUGGAGACUUGGGGGCGUUUGGUGCGUGGGACUGGUUGGGAUUGGACUAAAUUACGUAAGAAAUUAAGACCAGUCCUGCGUUUGGGGGAUAGAGGGACUCAAUUAAAUGAGCUUAUGAAAGCCCCGUGUCCUCUCCACACCUUCUUACGGAGCGGCCCCAAAAUUGGGGGGACUACUCAAGCUCGCGGUAGAGAACGAUCGAGAAGCGCUCUUUACUCCAAGUGGGAAAUUCAUCGCCUCUCUCACUCCUCGUCUCACCACUGCUCCAGGUGCGAAAUUCCUCCUCUCAUUGCUUCGCCUCACCGACUUCAGAUACUAUUGAAGAUGAAGGAAAAUCUGGUUACAAGAGGUGAAGGUCGUGAUACUUUGCUUAUCUGGCAUCAGCUCUAUGUAUUUCAUUAUUUGGAUGUAUUUUUGUAAUUUUCAAGGUUGCUGAAGUAUCAGACCAAAAAAAAAAAGUUGCUGAAGUUGUAUGAAUUGGAGCUUCAUGUUGAAGUUUUCAAAUCUCUUAUUAUUGGAUAAUAGUUUGUUAAAAUAGAAAGAAUAUUGUGGUAUUCAAAAUUGAUU